GUUUCUAACAAGUGGUAUCAGAGUCAAGUUGGAGCAGAAAAGUCAGAUCAAAAGUGAUCCCAAAAUUAGAACUCUGUCUAGUGGCUCGAAACUACGUUUUGAGGCCACCAUCACAUUUAACUCGCUGAGACAAAGAGAACGGUGCAAGCCAGAGCUCGAACGGAGUCCAAACUAAGCCUCACGCUCCCUCACGCGCCUCACCAAAGCAAGACGCUUUGCCACACGCCUGUGACCAGCUCCUCACGCACCGCACGCGUCUUCCUUGCCCAGACCGCCUUGACCCAACCCGGGGGAAAAUCGACUUGACCCGAAUACACCCUCAGACUAGGUCAACCCGAGAUCCAGUCCCUGACUCGGAUCUGACCCGCCGUCUCAGAACCCAGCCACGUCAGCUCCGCUACAUCAGCCGGGCCCCAUUGCCACGUCAGCAGCCACGUAAUCGGUGUGCCACGUCAUUUGGGGUGCCACGUCAGUAGGUGAACCCACUGACACGUCGGCAGGUGGCCCUACUACUACGUCAGCAUAGUUGACCAGUUUGACCAUAAGUUUGACUGAGCUUUUUGGAGUCGCUUUGGGUUUGUUUUUCAAGCGACUUAAACCAUUUUCUUUCGAUUGUUACAGAUCCAACCGUGCUAUCCAUUUGAGCUAAUUCCAUCUUUAGAUUAGCGAAUCGAGAUGUCGAAUGAAAAGAGUUCAAAAAUCGAAAUGUUCAAUAGAAACAAUUUCGGUUUCUAGAAGAUGCAGAUAGAAGAUUGUUUGUUUGGGAAGGAAUUACACUUACCGUUGAAAGGUAAGCCAGCAUCCAUGAACGAGGACGAGUGGGAGUUGCUUGAUCGAAAAGCCCUCGGAGCCAUCAGAAUGACGUUGUCGAAAUCUGUGGCGUUCAAUAUCAAGUAUAUAACAUCCAUCAAGUCUUUAAUGGAUGCGCUCUUUAAUAUGUACGAGUAGCCUUCAGUCGCAAACAAGGUACAUCUCAUGAAAAGACUAUUUACGAUGAGCAUAUCUGCAGGUGAAAGUUUCAGCAGGCAUUUGAAUAAUUUCAAUGAGUUGUCGGAUCAACUCGCCUUAGUCGGGGUAACGUUUGAUAAUGAGAUUCGGGCCCUACUGAUUCUCAGUCAAUUGCCCGAAAGUUGGAAUGAUGUCGUUACUGCCAUCAGUAGUUCCACAGGAAUCAAAAGAUGAGGUCGUCAGCAUGAUUUUGAUGGAGGAAAUCAGAAUGCAGUCGAACCAUGGCUCCACUUCGAGUUCAGCCUUGAACAUGGAGAGUUGAGACAGAGGAAACAGGCAUGGACGAUCAAAAAACCAUGGCAGAUCUAGGCCCAGGCCGUCUAAAUCCAGAAAUUCCAGAGGUACUCAGGACACAGGUUCCCAGAGAACAAAAAUUAUUGAGUGUUGGAACUGUGGAAAAUUGGUCAUUAGAAGAACCAGUACAGAAGUUAGAAGAAAGAAUACGAGACGAGGGUAAAGACAGAAGCAAAUAUUGCUUCUGAAAAUGAUAAGAUGUUGAUAUGCUCUUUGGAGGGCAAGUAGGAGUCUUGGGUCUUAGACUCCGGAGCCUCAUUUCAUGCCACUUGCUGCAAAGAUUGCCUAGAAGAGUACACACCAGGUAAUUUUGGUUAGGUGUACCUUGGCAACGAUUAACCUUACGAUAUAACCGACAAGAGAGUUGUGAAUAUCAAUAUAAAUGGGUCAGUAUGGAGGCUGAAGGAUGUUAGAUAUAUUCCAGACUUGAGAAAGAAUUUGAUCUCAGUUGGUCAGCUGACAGAUGAGGGAUACACAGCGAAAUUCAUUGGCGAUGAAUAGAAAGUUUCAAAGGGUGUACUAACGAUUGUGCGAGGUAAGAAAAGUGGAAGACUUUCUCUAACCUCCAAUGCCUUUAUGUCUAUUUCAGUUGCUGUAAGAAAUGACGACAGCAACAUCUGGCACCAACGACUCGGUUAUAUGAGCGAGAAGGGACUCAAGGUGAUGCACUCAAAGGGAAAAUUGAGUGAUUUACAGUCAGUGCAGAUUAACAUGUGUGGGCAUUGUAUAGGUGGGAAGCAGAAGAGGGUCAGUUUCCAAAUAAACACCCGUGUUCCAAAGAAGAAGAGACUAGAACUAGUCCACUGAGAAUGUGUCGAGACACAACAACAUAAUGCCGAGAAUCCUCAGGUGGAGGAACUAGUGGAGCAGAUCAUCGCACCACCGCCUCCUACUCCAGCUUAGGAGCUUAGGAGAUCUACUCGGUCCCAUGUACCAAACAGAAGGUAUAUUGAUUACUUACUUCCUACAGAUGGAAGAGAGCCCGAAUGCUAUGAUGAAACAUGUCAGGUGGUAGAUAUGAGCAAGUGGGAGCUUGCAAUGAAGGAUGAGAUGGAGUCCCUCACCUCCAACAGAACGUGGGAACUAGUUAAGUUGCCCAAAGGCCUUCACAACAAGUGGGUAUAUAGAAUCAAAGAGGAGCAUAACAGCUCUAGAAGGUACAAGCCUAGGUUGGUAGUCAAAAGCUUCGAACAGAAGGAAGGGAUUAACUACAUCAACAUCUUUGCACCAGUUGUGAAACUGACAACCAUCAGAUUAAUCUGCAGGAAUCAAGCAAACAGGAAGGUGGUGACUACAGGGAAACUGAAGUUGUGUCCAACUUUAGUUGGUCUUCAUGCCUGAAGACAUGUUUUGAGCACAUCGUUUAUUCAUGAUACUGAUUGAGGAGGCGUCUCUGUCUCCAAAUGGGAGAUUGUUGUAGUUGGAGACAAGAGAGCCAGAAGCUGGAGACGCGUGAUGAGUUGGAAAUGCGGUUUGCAUUUAUCCCUAUUUUAUCUCUCCAUUGUAACUUCCCAUUUGUGAUUGAUUACAUUUAAUUGUGAUUAAAUAUUGAUUUAAAUAUCAGCCCUAUAAAUAGAGGGCUGAGGAAUACAAUAGAUAAACAAGUGAGAAGCUCAGAGAGCAGAGAGGAGAAAUCAAGGAGGAAGAGAGGGAGAGAGAGAGUGAGAAUUAUAUUUUUCCGGCGAAUAGUGAAUUUGUGGUGUGCGCUCCAUUGAAAAUUUUUUCAUCUAUAUAAACAUGUGUACAUAUAUAAAUUAAAUAAAAAUAUUAGACUAAUUAUUGUUAUCUCUAAAGUAAGAUGUACUGCCUAGAAUGUUCCCAUGGGCACGAAGUAGUGGUAAGCAUUGAUUAAGACGGUUUGCGGAGGAUCGUGGGUUCAAGUCCUAGUUGAUGUGCUCUGAUUUUGGCCUGGCUACAUGGGUUUAAACUGAAGUCGACAUGUGUCCUAGGAUGAAAAUAAAGCGAGUGGCCGACUAGGAAGGUGACGAAGUUGUAAACCGCAUCCAGCUUUACUAGGUGCCACACUCUGGGGGGAGGGUGUCGCCCCAAUGGUUUGGUGCCGCACCAGGGGGUUUUGAAGGGCUUGUUGGUAGUUGGAGUCCCAUCGAGAUAAAAUAUAUAUAGAUAUAUACUACCUAGACAUGGCAAAACGGGUCUAACCCAAUAAGUCAUUCGUGAUCUGCCCGAUUAAGACGAGUUUGGGUUUAUGAAAGUCAUCAACCCAUUUAUAAACGGGUCAACCCAUGACUCAUCCGUUUAUAAAUGGAUCAACCUGGGUUCGAGUUAAGUCACUCGCCCGGUGACUCGUUUAUUUGCCUUCUUGUUUGUUCCACCUUACAUUAUACACAAAACAUUAAAACCCUAUCCCCAAAUUCACAAUCCCCGUAUACGUAUCCCGCUUCCUCCCGCCUCCUGCCCCCAGAGUCUAGAUCCAUGACCAUUGCAUCUACUAGUCACCUGCACUCCACUGCUGUGGCGCCAUUCGCCUUGGCCCUUGCCUGUCUUCGUUUGGCCAUCUCCCUAGUAGUUAACAUGCCGUGGUUAGAAAGGUCCCUUCACUCCCUUGCCCGUUUGGCGGUCACAAGUCUUCGAGAUAGCAGUUCUUCUUCUUCUUCUUCUUGUGGUCGUCAAGGUGUCAGCACUCCAUGGUCGGCUUCACUCUGUCGCCCGUUUGACGGUCACAAUUCUUUGAGACUAUAGUUCUUCUUCUUCUUCAAACUGAUUUUGAUUUUGAUCAAAAAUCAAAAUUAAAAACACAAAAGAGAAGACCUACUAAGGUCCUGUACUCAUGUUGCCUAAUGUGUGUAUCUUUUGUUUGAGCAGGGAGACUAGCGGAGAUUUUUUUUCUUCAUUGGCACCGCCCCUUCACUUUGGCUGUUUCGAAUAAAUUGUUUGGUGUCUUUAUGAAAACUAGGCAAACAAAGUUUUAUUCAAGAAAAUAAAAAUAUGGUAAAACUAAACAAUACAUGUACUAAUUACUUUGAUUUAGAUUUAGAUUUAGAUUUAAACCCCCUCUUCUUCCUCAACCCGCGUCAACCGAGAGGUGCAAGAGAGGAUCUCUGUUCUUAAUUUGGCUUUAAAAUUAUAAAAUAAUUAUAUUAUUUUUUUAAAUGAAUAACCCGUGACCCGCUAGUUCCGCCCGUUUAAUAAACGGAUGGGUUGGAGUUUAUAUGAUUGUGAUCCGUUUAAUCUCGACCCAUUUACCAUCUUACCUGACCCGACCAAACCCGACAUUUGAGCCCCUUUUUCCACCCCUAAUACUGCCUAGAAAAUAGAAACGGUACAACUAUUUUCAACAGGUGGAGCCCCCACCAGCUGGCCGUCUCAAUAUCAACACUCCAUAGUCAAAAAAGCGUCCCCACUCUCGCAGCAAAAGCCGGCCACACGCCGAAUAAUCUAUUCUCCCUCCAUCGCCGAAGAUCAAACGCUGCUUAAUUUCAAACUUCAAACCACUUUCCCUCUCAAACUAAGAUUUCCAAACCAGUUUGUCUCGAUCUCCGCCCAACUUUACUCAUUUACUUCACUCCAGACACCGCAAUCUCCGUCAACUGUAACUGAUCUUAAUUAAUUUCAUGACGACGUUACAGCUUCUUCUUCUGAUCAUACUAACUCUGCAAUUGCCACCUCCCUUCCUCGCUCUCUCCCCCUGCCGGACCUCCUGCGGCGGAAUCGCAGUGAACUACCCGUUCGGCAUCGACGAUGGCUGCGGCGCGCGUCAGUUACGCAACAUGCUGGUCUGCAACGCCACCGCCUCUGGCGACAGCCUCUUUUUCCAAACCCCCUCCGGCUCCUACAAGGUCCGAUCCAUCGACUACGACGCGAAGACCGUCGCGAUCUUCGACCCGGACAUGUCCACCUGCAGCGCGCUCCAGGCGCCGCGCACAUUCGAGGUCUCCGACGCGCAGUAUCUCGCGAUCCCGCCGUCGCCGGACACCGCCUUCGCGCUCCUCAACUGCUCCGCCGACUCCCCCCUCCUCAACCACUACAGUUACCUCUGCUUCAACUUCGCCGGCCACACGUGCGACGAGCUAUACACUUGCGGAUCGUUCCAGAUCCUCCACGCGCCGGCCACGAACGUGACGCCGCCGUGCUGUUUCACGGACUACAACGCGCUGAGGAUGGUGAAGAUGGACAUGAACCUUCUGGACUGCACGCACUACACCUGCGUGUACGGUACGGACGGGCUGAGGGGCGUUAGGCCGUUGGAUUGGAAGUACGGAAUCGGGCUGCAAUACGCUGUGCCCGAUAUGGGGUGCGACCGAUGCGCCAGGUCCGGCGGCACCUGCGGCUUCGAUACGGAGAGUGAAGGGUCGCUCUGUCUCUGCUCCGGCUCCGUCAACUCUACAACAACCUGCGGGAGUGUUACGAAUGGAAGAGAGAAGACUGAAGCCACUAAGUUAAUAUACCAAGCAUUGGUUUUUGCUUUGGGAGCAAUUUUCUACAUGCAACUCUUGUGACUUCUUCACUUGCAAUUUUUUUGGUUGAGUCUCAUGUAAUUUCUUAACCUACACUUGAGAGCGUAGAUUUCAGAUUUUAGAUUUGAAUUUUGAUAAAUUUGAACAAAUUUUAAUACAAUUUUGUAUUACAUUUUAUU